AUGGAUAUGUCCUCGGGCAUUUCGCGGGAGGCUUUUCUCGGGGCUGGGUCUUUCCUUGUUGUUUUCACCGGCUUGUUCGUUUGUGUCCGCCUCGCAGUAAGCUUCAGGCUGUCGGGAAGCCUGUAUCUCGACGACUAUGCAGCAAUUGCCGCCGUCUUCUUUCUGGCUGCAUUCUUUGGGAUCCUUUUCGAAUUAGUCCCUCUCUACUCCGAUCCACAGUUCUUACUCAAGCUACGGCUCAUCAGCCAGUUAGCAGUGGCGUCGGUCUUCAUGUCCGGAUUUGUCAUGUGGACUGCCAAGAUCCCCAUUCUCCUGCUUCUUAUCCGCAUCUUUGGAAUUCACCGCUGGCUGCGUAUCACCGCUAUCCUCACAAUCGUUCUCACUGGCCUCGCCAUCCUUGCAGGCGUCGCCUAUAACGCCAACGCCUGCAUGCCCCCGAACAGCGACCUCGGCUUCACCCCCGACUAUCUGGCAACGUGCGCUGACGCAAACUCAUACACGGGAGUCGCAUUGGGCUCUGUUUCAAUCGCGACAGAUGUCAUCAUUUUUAUUUUGCCAGUACCAGUGAUCGCCAAAUUAAAGCUGGAGACCGGGAAGAAGAUUGGCUUGCUUCUUGUUUUCCUCGUCGGCAUAGGUGCCAUUGUUGGCAGUGCAGUCGCACUCAACUAUAAAGUCAAGUCACUGUCUGGAGCAGCCAGUGAUAUUCAGCUGGCCGGAAUAUUAACGAUUCUCGAGUACACAAUCGCGAUCACGUCCAGCUGCGUUCCUGCUAUCAGAGCAUUCUGGAGCGGUUUCAUCGUCCAGUCCCAGCUAUUCUCAAGGUUGACCUCUUACAUGUCGAAGGCGUCAUUCAGCAUUGGCCGAUCAUCGAGGAAGCCUACGGACCACCUCAAUGGAAGCAGCGAGUAUAUCAACGCAUACUCUAAUCUCGAGGACGGCCAUUCCAAGAAGCCUACACUGAACACAGCGAGCCUGCCGCUCGACAGCUUCAAUACCCGACCUUGA